GAGCCGACUUCCUUACCGUUUACACCGCUUUCAACUUUCGCGUUACAAAAUAUCGUCUCUAAUGGAUUUCGACGGAUUCCACGUGCCGGAUUUGAAGGGAUAUUUACAAGAGAGAGGUAUUUCAUGCAGUUUAUAUCGCAAGAACGAUUUGGUUAGAUUGUGUUCGCUAGCGAAGGAGUUAGACUUAGAGGUUGUUGCCUGUGAUGAUUAUCAUGAUAUGGACGUCUUGAGACGAACCGUCGACGGGAUUGUGUUAGAUGACGUCGGUCAGGUACAGUGGAUAUCAGAUCUUACAUCUAUCCCUACCGUGGAGUAUUGUGACAUUCUGAUUUAUUUCAUGAAAGUUUGUGGUUGGUCUGAAACAAGGUUGAAGAAUUAUAAAAGUGACAGUGGCUACAAGUUGUAUCUUGAUCAUCACAUCAGUGAAGUGUGUCUCGGUGCCAUUCCAAACAGUGGGUCGUACAUGUAUGUGAAGGCCUCCUGUAUUCCAGAGACUAGACAAAGUGCUACACCAUAUUCUACAUGGCUCCUUAUAAAGCAGGACGGACAUGUGAAAUCUGGUGGUUGUACAUGUGUUGCUGAUGAUGGUACAUGUAAGCAUUGUGUGGCUUUGCUGUUUGCCAUGUCAGCAUUCUGCGAACGACAUCAAGACAGGAGCACUGAGGUUGGUACAGAUGUUGCUUGUGUGUGGGACAAACCCAAGAAAACAACUACACCGUUGGAGAUUGAGGACAUGGAUAUCCGUGUAAACAAGGUAACACCCAAGCCCAAGUCUGCUAGUGCUGAAAACUACAAUCCCACAGUAAGGUCAGAGUGUUUGUCAAAAAGACAGGUGGAGAAAGAGAUCUUCACUUUGUGUAAGGGGAGUAACAGUGUACUUUUACAAGCUUUGGAUCCACCAAGUGAUGAUGAUGACAGUUUAGAUGAUGAAACUUUCCCACCUACAUUGCUGGAAAUUGCAGAAACUCUGAAAGGUAAUGGUGAUGAUGUAAAUGCCUUAGCCUCAAAAGUUAAUUCAGCACACUCUGGUGCAGAAACUGUGAACAGGAUUGAAGAAAUGACCAGGGGUCAAGCUGAUAAUCCUGAUUGGUUCGCUUAUAGGACAGGACGUGUGACAGCCUCCAUAUUUUCCUCAGUGAUGCACUUUAGAUUUAAUGAAAACUAUGAUAACUAUAUUGUGAAGAAAAUCAUGUGUCCCCAACCACCAGCUAUGUUCUCGAGGUCAAGUGGUCCAGAUGUUCUCAAGUUUGGCAAGGAUCAUGAACCUAUUGCACGGUCGUUGUACACAACACAGUAUGCCACUAGCCACAAGACGUCAUCAGUCAGAGAGUGUGGUUUGUUUAUUGAUGCUGAACAUCCAUUCAUGGGUGCCUCACCCGAUGGUGUUGUGUGCUGUAAGUGUUGUGGGAAAGGAUUAUUAGAGGUGAAAUGUUCAUAUUCAUUUAGAGAUUCAACGCCUCAAACUGUAUGUGAUGAUCCCCACUACCACUUGUACAGUGAUGAUGCAAAUAUCAUCCAUUUGAAAACUGAUUCCCCUUGGUACAUUCAGAUUCAGGGACAGAUGGGAGUGUGUAAGAUCAACUGGUGUGACUUUGUAUUUUACACAAAGAAAGGGUUUUCUGUGGAAAGGAUCUAUUUUGACCCAGCUGUUUAUGAACAAAUCAUUGAAAAAUCUGAAAGAUUUUGGAACAAGUAUGUUGCAAGGGCAUUGUUGCAAUAGUGAUUAAAAACUAGUAAGAAAGUGACUAAGAUCCAUAAUGAGAGGGAAAUGUACAUGUAGGAUAUUAUUUGCUACUGAUCAAUGUCUUAGAAAAUUUAUAUUGAUAUCUUAAUGUUACUUGCAGUAACCUACAUCAAAAUUAUCUGGUCAUGGUAUUCACAUUGUGUUUAAUGAAAUUUAUCUAAAUGGAUCAAAAGCUUAUUAAAGCAUGUACUUGUAUAAUGCUGUGCAGCAGAAUGAAGCAAACAAAAUGACUAGAAAAAUUCAUUUUAAAUAUUCACAUCAUAUUUUACUGUUCAUCUUCAAAUCAUAAAUUGCAAUUAUAAGUUGUUGAUUCAAAACCAUCCAAUCAAUAAAUUGCUUCUUGCCAUGUCAAUUUUGAAGUAUUUUUAUAGCUUGAUAUCCAUAAAACAUCUAAAAGUUUUAAUACUGGCUU